AUGGAUGAGCACAAGAUAGAAAUCAAAGAGCAUUAUAACAGCAUAAAGGAUAAAGGACUUGGAGGAAGAAGCCAGAGUAAAGCAAUAAACAUAAGAAACACAAACAACUUUAUCAAAGCAUGCUUGAUAAGGAUGUAUGUUAAGAGAGGAGACUCGGUGUUGGAUCUUGGAUGUGGAAAGGGAGGAGACCUGUUGAAAUACGAAAAGGCUGGGAUUGGAGUGUAUCAUGGAAUUGACAUUGCUGACGUGUCAAUAAACGAUGCAAAGCUUAGAUUUGAUAGUAGGAAGAAAAGUUUUAAAGCGUCGUUUAGUGUUAGUGAUGUGUAUGGCCAACACAUGGAUCUUGGGAUGCAGUUUGAUCUUGUUUCCUCACAGUUUAGCUUUCACUAUGCAUUUUCAGACAGUUUGCUGCUUGAUGUUGCACUGCAGAAUGUAGAAAGACAUUUGAAGCCUGGGGGAUUUUUUAUUGCAACUGUGCCAUCAAAAGACGUGAUUCUGCAGAGACAUCAACAGGGUAGAUUACAUAAUGAAUUCUACAAGAUUGAGCUGGAUACGGACAUAAAGAUGUCACUAGAAACGGCCAAGGAGUAUCGCUUCACAUUAAUAGACUCUGUGAAUAAUUGCAUUGAAUACUUUGUAGACUUUGAUAGGAUGGUCGAAGGCUUUCAGAAGCUUAAGAUAGACCUGAUUAGUAGAAAAGGCUUUAUUGAUUUCUAUGAAGCAGAGUGUGAUAAAAACCUUGAGCUUUUGAAGAGAAUGAAUUUGUGUAAGCUCAAGAGCGAUGAAGCAGAAGUUGUUGGAAUUUAUGAAGUCAUUGUUUUCAGAAAGCAAAUGGCUUAA